AUGGCUGCUAGUUUACGACCCCUCUUCUUAGCAAUAAUACCCCUGCUGAUGAUUUCAUCCUUGAUCAGCUCCUCAGAAGGCGCAAUUGGGUUCUACUGGGGCCAAAAUCCUCAUGCUGGAAACCUGACCGAGAUAUGCCUCAAUGGUACUGGUAUCUAUGAAUACGUGGCUAUCGCCUUCUUAAAUUUCGAGGGUAGCAAAACAGUCUUGAGCAUAGAUGACCAUUGCAAUCCGAGCAUCCCGGAUAAGUGCGCCUCCCUAGGUCCUAUGAUAGAUUUCUGCAAGGGCCAAGGCAUCAAAGUAUUUCUUUCCCUUGGUGGGAGGCCUGAUCUUUCUCCUGAUGAUGCUCAGAAAGUUGCAGAUGAUAUCUGGAACAAGUUUUUGAAUAAUAGUGCAGGCCAUGGUCCUCUCAAUGCUACUGUAGAUGGAAUAGACUUCCGUAUCCAAAGCGAAUCAAACCAGAGUCUGGAUGUUCUCGCCCAGGCACUCUCGGCUUAUAGCACACCUGACAGAAAGGUGUACUUAUCUGCAGCACCACUUUGUCAAAUUCCUGACUAUUAUCUUGACACUGCUAUCAAAACUGGCGUCUUUGACUACGUGUGGGUGCAAUUUUUCGGUGAUCCUUCAUGUGAAUACAGUCCAGAAAGUCCGUCUCCCCUCAUCAGAAGUUGGAUUGCAUGGUCUUGCUAUCUAGACAAAUAUAAUACUACAUUAUUCCUGGGAUUAACAGGAGAUUCUGACGAUGACGGUUACAUCCCAUGUGUACCGCUAGUCAGUGAGAUUCUUCUCUUUGUGGAGUGGUUUCCCAAAUAUGGAGGGAUCAUGAUGCUUCAGGGCAAAUACUAUUGCCUUCUUUUAAAUCAUUCCAGUGAAAAAAUCAGGUCUUAUGUUAAUUCUGAUGUUAUGGCCUAUGGUAGAAAGUCCAUGAAUAAGUUCCAAGCCAUCUAA